AGAUUUCAGAUUUCUGUGGUAGGUGUAUUCUGUAACCUUCUCGCAUUCACUGUAAUGGUUCGCCAUCAAUCGUUCAAAAAUGCGUUCGGCAGAUUGGCUGCUUGCUAUACAUUUUCAAAUAGUGGAAUAUUAUUCAUUUUCAUGGUUUGCAGGUUCAUUGCGAUCACGUUUCCAAUAUAUUAUCGAAAAAUGUUCACUCUUCACGCCUCGAAUGUUAUUAUUGCCUUCUUUGCUACUGCAAGCUUUCUGUAUUCAUCUCCACGUGUUUUUUUUUCAGAUGGAUGUGAUUUCUUCUACAUACACUCUCCACCUGGUUGGACAUACAAUAUGACGCCAUGUACUGAAUUCCUGGCGCUCUAUGUCGACUACUACUACAACUAUUUCAUAUUUUUUGUGUCCCUUGCUUUGGAUAUCAUCACCAUUCUACAGUUGAGAUCAAUGCGACGGCACAUAAAAACAAAGAGAACAGAACUUUUACUGAAUAUUCAGGUAGAUCAGGUACGACGUCAUGGGGUCGAUCAAGACGAAAAGCCAUUGCUCACCGCACCCCUCUUCAAAGCUGGAGAAAAACUGUUCUCUGGAACAUGUGACAGCAAAAGUGUCGGCUGUAUUAGAGACCUCGUCAACACUCACUUGGCUAUGAACGCUGAUUUGUUUGAAGGCGUGACAACCUCAAUCAGACAUAUGUAUGUGAGAAUUGUUCCAAUCCAGCCAGCUCUAGCAACAUUCGCUCCUACGACCAACAUCAAGGAAGAAGAGGAGGUGGAAGCCUUCUGA